AUGACCCAAGACCAACCACUGCUUGCGGUGCAGGAGGCCCUGAAGCAGUGCUUCCCGGUGGUGGAGGAGCAGCAGGGCCUGUGGCAGAGUGCGCUAAGGGACUGCCAGCCCCUCCUGCUGUCCCUCAGCAACCUGGCAGAGCAGCUGCAGGCGGCCCAGAAUCUGCGGUUUGAGGACGUGCCACCACUUCGGGCCUUCCCAGACUUAAAGGAGCGGCUGAGGCGCAAGCAGCUGUGGGCUGGAGACACUGUCUUGGACAAGUUAGAGGAGAGGCUAACCGCCCUCCUCAAGGUGCGUGACACCGUCAGCAGCCACGUGGAGCGAGUGCUUCAGACCUAUGAGCAGCAUGCAGACACGAUUGGCAUGGAUGGUGUCCUCCAGGCUUCGGUUGUGAGCCCUUCGGUGGCUGACAUGUUGGAAUGGUUGCAAGAUAUUGAGAGACAUUAUCGAAAUUCUUACCUGAAGAGAAAGUGCCUCCUGUCCUCCAUCCAGUGGGGAGACUUGGCCAACAUCCAAGCUUUGCCCAAGGCCUGGGACCGGAUUUCAGAAGAUGAACACCAAACCCUUGUACAAGAUACCCUAUUGAAUGUUUCCUUCUUCUUGGAAGCGUAAGGAAGUGGUGUGUUUAUCAGCAUACUAGUGAGACACGGUUGAAGGCUGAUACUGGUGCAUUCUGGUAUUUCCAAAGAAAUGUCAGUAUUGUAACCUAACAUACUUGAAAGAUUAGUGCCUGGGGCCGGAGGAGUAGCCCUUGGGAGGGUUGUGUUAGAUGCUUCUAAUGUUGCGGCCUCCCUCUGCUCUGUCAUGGUUGAAAGUACGUGGACACCCCUUGCCCUUUUCUAGGCUCGGGAAUGGAUGAUGGAGGCAGAGAGAAUGCAGGAAAGGCAGUGCAAGAGAACACUGGGGGCAGGAGCCACAGCCACAGAUGUGGUAGGGAAGGA